CGCACUGUAGCCAGUCCUUACAGAUCCGGAAGUGACGUGUCGCGUAACAUCAUCAGUAGCACCCGAAACAUUCGCAGAUAGUCAUAACAAUGAGGCUGGACCCGAAUGAUGAUGAAGAUGUGUCUUUAUUUGAUGCUGAGGAAGAUUCAGCCACAAGAAAGAGCAAAAUCAAGCAUCCUCUGGCGUCCUUCUUCCACCUGUUCUUCCGAAUCAGUGCGAUUCUGGUCUACCUGCUGUGUGGCUCAUUUGGCGGAAGCUUCAUCGCCUGUAUGGUCACCAUCAUCCUCCUCCUGUCAUGUGACUUCUGGACUGUGAAGAAUAUCACAGGGCGUCUGAUGGUGGGUCUGCGCUGGUGGAAUCAAGUGGAUGAUGAUGGAAAAAGCCAUUGGGUGUUUGAGUCCAGAAAGGCCACAGGGACUCAGUCUUCAGCAUCACGAACCUCAAACGCAGAGUCUCGAAUCUUCUGGCUGGGUCUGGUCAUCUGCCCCGUCAUCUGGGUCGUUUUUGCUUUCUCUACACUCAUAUCCUUUAAGAUAAAAUGGCUGGCGGUGGUGAUUAUGGGAGUGGUGUUACAGGGAGCAAAUCUCUACGGAUAUGUGCGCUGUAAAGUGGGAGCCAGAACAAACCUGAAGAACGUGGCAACAAAUUACUUUGGAAGGCAGUUUCUAAAGCAGGCUUUCACAAAACAAGAGGAAUCUUAGGAAGGAACGUCUGACUUCAAAAUUCACACAAUGAACUUUUAACAUUUAAGGAAACGGUUACUUGGUUAGCUGAUUUGUGUUAGUUGUUUUCUAUAAUUUAACCACAACCUGUUAAAUAAUAUGUUUGACAUUUAAAAAUACAUUUAACUUCUUUAUAUUACUUAUUUUUUAACGAACUAGCUUAAAGAAUACAGAUUUUUGUUAUAAAAUAUUGCAUGACAUUAUGUAUUAUGCUUCUGUUUUGCCGACAGUGACACAAAACAACAGAUGUACAUAUUUAUAUACUACUGUAAAUUAUUUUUGGGGGGGGAUUAUAUGUAUUUUCUCUAGUUAAUGAUAUGAAAGUUGAUGAUUGAGUGAUUGUAUCUCAUGUUCAGUGAAUUCAAGAAAUAAAUGGAGUUCACCAUUUUGUUGAA